AAGUUGACCGUCUAUGCUCUGAGUUUGAUGGUUCAGCAAGAUAUUUAGUAAACUGCACGGACUCUACUUUCUGUAGAACUAGAACCUACUCAUACCAUCAUAGACAACAUGGUGUAGAGAACGUGUUGAAGAUAACAGAACGUGGCUGUGCUAAACAGGCAUAUUCCUACCAAGCUCUGGACAGAGGGAACUGGAAAACAAUAAAAAAAAUAAUGGAUAAUAUUGCCGGUGUCGGUUGUUUCCAAAACAGCUGGGCUGACCGACUAGCUACAGGAACCAAAUACUGCUACUGUGAUACAGACAGGUGUAAUCACGAUCCGAACAAGCUGGAAGAAAAAACACAAAUAGAAUUAAACCUUCUUCAUGAAUCUGAUUCUCUAAGUUUGACGAGAUAUGAUCACCAAGACCAGGCUGGUGACCAAGACCAGGCCGGUCACAUGCUUGAUCAGCUAUACAGUCAUGCUGGCCAACCUGUGCUAAAUACACUGUUUUUUAAUAUAAUUUUUAUCUGUGAUAUUAUAGGGCUAAUUCUGAUAAAUUGAUAAUAUAUAUUAAUCAUUUAUAUUUCUCUAAAAAAUACAUUAAACAAUAUAAAAGUU